UAUAGUAUAGUGAAGCCAAUUCCAAACGUUUCACUAGAGGAAUAGUAUAACUUCUUAAAAACCCGGGUAUAGUUCCGGACUAGCAUACAUAACGGUAUCAAGCAAAUGAGCGUUUUAGCGACAGAUGUACAAACAUUGCUUGCGCAUCCUCUUGGGCUGUGCUGUGGAUGUUUGACACACACUUCAAUUCGCACAAACGUUUUGAUUGUCCAACUGCGUCUUUUUUUAAUAACAAAACCAUGAGGAUCCUCUUCAGAGUCCAGAGCCGCAGUAGAUGGUCCCUUGUCAUUGGCACUGUGUUGUUGAUUGGCGUCCUCAGACUAUUGCACGUGAACCACACAGAUGGGCGCCGGAACACUUCUCCCUCUGCCAUACCACCACAGUCACAGUCCGCUGUGGAUGUCUUCAAGUGCUCCCGGAAUGACACCAUGAACAUUUCAUCCUCUAUUCCACCUACCCACCGCAACUUCCUCAUGUACAAACACUGCAGGACAUUCUCCCGCCUGCUGUCUCCGACACCCUGUCAGAAUGACCUCUUUCUCCUGCUGGCCGUUAAGUCCACAGCCAUCCAGGUUGAUCGCAGGUCUGCACUUCGGAACACAUGGGGGAAGAAGGGAUAUGUUCAGGGUAAGAAGGUGAAACUAUUGUUCCUAGUAGGUAAGUCUUCAGACACAAUACAGGGUUACCCGCUGCAGCAGGUACUGGAGUGGGAGAGCAGACAGUUUGGGGACAUCCUGCAGUGGGAUUUUGACGACAGUUUUUUCAACCUGACCCUAAAGGAGAUCCACUUCCUCAAAUGGUUCCGCCUGGAGUGCCGCUGGGCACACUAUGUGUUCAAAGGGGACGAUGAUGUUUUUGUUCACACCAGCAAUCUGGUGGAAUAUGUUAAGGACAACAAGCCCUCCGAGCAACUGUAUGCUGGGAACAUCAUGUCUGGCUAUCCAGUCCGGGACAAACAAAGUAAAUAUUUCAUACCAGUGGAGAUGUACCCCAACAAGCCAUAUCCUCUAUACGCUGGGGGUGGGGGCUACCUGAUGUCAAAUCAGACUGUGCUGAGUCUGGAAGUUGCAGCGUCCAGCAUUGACCUGUUCCCCAUUGAUGAUGUCUUUGUGGGCUUGUGCCUGCAGAUGAUGAACAUCACGCUGACGCACCACUCUGGCUUCAAGACCUUUGGGCUCAAACAGGGGGUGACACACUUCAACCCCUGCAUUUACAGGGAGCUCAUGGUUGUGCACAAACUGAAUCCCACAGAGAUGUGGACAAUGUGGUCUCUACAGCAGGACCCAAAGCUGCAAUGCUUUAGAUCAAGGACGUGAGACAUCUGGCAUUGUGUGUAUAUCAUGCUGUGCUUAUCUGUCUCGCUACCUUAAAUUGAGAAUUCCUUUCAUAGAUAAAUUAUCCUUAUGAAUGGUCAAAAAUGGCAUACUUUCCUUUACCCAAACUAAUAUUUGAAUGCAUUCUGACAUUUGGCUUCCCUUAUCCUCUAUGUUCAGAUCAGCACAGACAGUGUAAGAUCCAUUUAAGAAUACUGAGAUGCAUCUAGUGCCAUUUGACACUUCCGAUGAGGACGUUUGUAGAAUGUUUCUAGGAUUCUAUAAGGUUGGAAAAGAGAUAUUGAUGGGAAACAUUAAAAACAGGUAGAGUGGGUUACAGAGGUAUUGUUGGGAAACAUUAAAAACAGGUAGAGUGGGUUACAGAGGUAUUGUUGGGAAACAUUAAAAACAGGUAGAGUGGGUUACAGAGGUAUUGUUGGGAAACAUUAAAAACAGGUAGAGUGGGUUACAGAGGUAUUGUUGGGAAACAUUAAAAACAGGUAGAGUGGGUUACAGAGGUAUUGUUGGGAAACAUUAAAAACAGGUAGAGUGGGUUACAGAGGUAUUGUUGGGAAACAUUAAAAACAGGUAGAGUGGGUUACAGAGGUAUUGUUGGGAAACAUUAAAAACAGGUAGAGUGGGUUACAGAGGUAUUGUUGGGAAACAUUAAAAACAGGUAGAGUGGGUUACAGAGGUAUUGUUGGGAAACAUUAAAGCAGGACUGAACUCGGGAACUGACUUCUCUCGGCGUAUGUGACAUCGAUAUUAAUCAGAAACCUUUUUUCCAGUACCAAAAUUGACUAAAAAAUGCAAGUAGAUUAAUUUUGACCGUAAAGUCAGUAUCUUCCUAAAUAGAGGCAUAAGGCUAUGUAAUAGAAUAAGUGGUAUAUUAAUACGUCUUUUGAUAGCUUCCAAAAUAUUUUUAGAAUGGUGGAGGAGUGCCAAGAUCAGAGUAUAUGAGCGAGUUGAGUGGAAGGAACAAGUGGAAGGAACAAAAAUGAAUAAUUUAGGCUAUUUUAUUAGCCUUUUAUUUCAAGGCUAUAUAGUCUACAAAUAAAUAAAUGAUGAAGUAUUUGCAAGUCCAACACUCUAGACUGGCAGGAACAUUAAGCGCCCAGCAUUUAAACAACAUUUUGUUGUAUUAAAUCAUUUGAGUCUAUAAAUUGCGCAUAUAGGCUGUGAUUUACUUAUAAUUAAAUACAAAUUAAAUGAAAAAUUCCUUAUUCCUGAAAUGCCUUUGAAUUCACUUUAGAAAACACAAGUUUGGCCAGAGUCCGUGGCUUCAGCCUCAUGAGAUGGUACCUAGAGAGCAGGCCAGCAGUGGAGUAUACCCUCUUAUCUAUGCACUUGUAGAGCCACUGGGGAUGCUGAACACACUUUGGGCAUAGCCACGGGACAUAGGGGCGCUGAGGGCACUGCAGCGCCCUCUGAAAAAACAAAUACAGGAGUGGUAAAGGCACAGUGCACUACUUUGUGGAAGAAAAAAACAAUACAAACAAUAAUAAUACAAAUACAUUUUUAUAUUGUGAUUUAUUUCACAAAAGUAGUGCACUGGCCCUUUACUACUCCUAUAUUAGGACUGCAGCGCAGGGAUACUUUUUUUUCUCUCAAAGCAGCACCCCCAAACAUCUUCCUGCAGCUAUGCCUUCAGGACAGUGGCCAGGCUGGGCAGGAGUGCAACGCUGUUUUUUUCUAUUGGCAGGCCUAAAGGUUUUUAGGCAAAAUAACCACAUCAAAACGGAAGACUCCGUGAAAGAUGUAAUAUGCCAAGAUCAAUGAUUGCCUCUUGUAUAGAUAAAAGAACAAAACAUUUAAGAGUUCUGAUUCGUUGCUUAUAAUUACUUUGCUCCAAUGACACACUUACCUAGCUACCCACCUCAUUUCUUUCUGAUAGCAUACAUACACGCUGUAAUUUGAAAUGUCUCUGAAAGGUUCAUUUCACACGCCACGACGAUGAAGGGAAAAUUGAUGCAAGAAAGCAUCAAUGUUUAAAUGUAGAACUGUUUCCAUUGCCGCCUGACAAGAAAAGCCAAACAAGAUAGUUUCUUGACACUUGGGGCUCUAUUCAAUCCGUGUUCAAUGUUACAGCGUGAUUGAAAGUUAAAGGCAAUGUUUCCACAUUAGCAGAGACUACGUUCCCGAUAAACGCUGCAUAACCGGCCCAAUCGUAAAUGACCUUUUACCUUUCUGUGGCACAAUCUGUAACGCUUCAGCGACUAGAUUUGGAUUGAAAUUAACCACCACACCUCUGCUUAAUUUCUUGCAAUGGUUAACUGAGCUUGAACUGCUGGGCUUCUAGUAAAAAAUAAUAAUAAUAAUAAACAAUUUGGGAUUAAAUUGCUUGGAUGGACAGAUUCAAUGUAACUGUUAGAUUCUUAAAAUGAUAUGGGGGCAUUUCGAGGUAGGAGGGAACAACAGCAGCACUGGUUGUCCCUUCUGCUGGCCACUGACCUCCUUCUUGCUGCGGUUCUCUUCCUGUAAACCCACCAGGGACUUCACAGAAGCAUAUUGCUUCAGCUCCUCAAUAACCCUUUACACUCGUGGGUAUUGGUCUAUAUCGAUAGGGAUACAUUGAAAUGUUUCUUACGGAGGAAAUAUGAAAAUGAUAUGCAUAACCAUGGUAGCAAUUGGGAUGGGAACAGUUUUGAGAUAAUGGGAAAAUGAUUAGACCAAAGGUGAGUACACAACACUUCAAUUCAAAUCUAUAAAUAAAUAAAUAAAUAUAUAUAUAUAACAAAUAAUUAAGGAGCAAAAUAAAAUAACAAUAGCGAGGCGAUAUACAGGGGUUACCGGUACAGAGUCAAUGUGGAGGCUAUAUA